GGUUGCUUGAAUUUACGCAGGGCUUGUUACAGAUCUGUCCAAAAUUUCUCCUGAUGUCAUAAAGAUCAAGGAUACACAUGGGAGGAGCAUCCACUAAAAUAGCGUUUGAAGUGUGUGUGGUAACGGGAGACUACAGUGGUGAUGAAUUGGGCCCUGGAGUUAACAUGGUCAUGUUUGAUCACUGUGGUAAUCAGUCACCAACGAUUACUUUAGAUAAUAUUUUUCAAAAUGAUGAUGACUAUACACAAGCGAAAUUCACCAUUGAUUUACAGGCCUGGAGUCGACUGAAAGUGUUUAAACGAUUGCAUCAUAUUGAAUUUUGGUGUACUACUCAGUCUUAUCCUCCACCUGCUUGGUUUCUAGAUAGAGUGAUUAUUAGAGAUAGAAGAUUUGGGAUGACUGCUGAAUGGAAGUAUUUCUUCUUUCCUGUACAUCAGUGGAUUAGCCAAGAUCACCAAUAUGUUGUCCAUGACUGUGAGGCCUGGAUUCCUCAGUCAGAACCGUUUCCGGAGUUAAGAGAAGAGGAAGUUAGUAGACGUAUGCAAUUUUUUACCUUCUUCCAACGUUCAAAGGGUUUACCAGUUGAAUUACAGGAAAUCCCACCUUCUGAGCUUUUCUCAUCAGACUCUCGGUGGGAUAUUGAGCCUUUAGUUCUGGAGGUUAUUGAGCGUACUGGUCUUGCUGAAGAGUACACAAGUGAAGAGUCGUGGGGUUCUCUUGAUGCAUUGGGAAACUUUUAUAAGAAAUAUAAUAUUACCGAACCCGUGAGUUUACAAUUUUGGAUGAUGAAUGACAUUUGCUUUGGUGCACAACGCAUUCGUGGAUGUAAUCCAUUCACUAUUCAAAUCUGCCGUGCUUUACCAAAAAGUUUUGAACUGGUAGCGAAUUCACUAAAGCCUUAUUUAGAAGGUUGGACAUUGAGACAAAUGGUAUCAGCUGGUCGUUUGUACAUACUUGAUUUUCAUAUAAUGCAAGGACUUAGUUGUAAACGUGGUCGAGAAUUGUGUGCACCAUUAGCAAUUUUUUUCUAUACUGAAAAGCGACAAUUAAAGCCACUUGCUAUUCAAUUAGAUCGUAAUUCAAAUGAUACAAGUGCGAUCAUUUUUCCAACUGAUCCAAGUUCAAUAUGGUUACAAGCGAAAUUAUGGGUUAAUCUAGCUGAUGCUUGUCAUCAUAUGAUUGUUGGCCGAUUAUUAACUCAUUUAAUAUUAGAAUCAAUCUAUGUAUCAUUACGACGUAAUCUAUCACAAUCACAUCCAAUAUAUCAUUUAGUUGCACCGCAUUUUCGCAGUAUUCUACCUGUAACAAAAAAGUUAAAAGAAUGGACAUUUGAAAAUGGAUGGAUAUCUCGUAAUAUUCAAUUGUCACGUAAAGGAAUUAAACAGUUGUUAAGACGAGCUUUUAAAAAAUGGCGUUUCGAUGUAAAUGCAAAUAUUUAUCGUGAACUGGAGUCUAGAGGGGUAUUUGAUCCGAAUGGUUUAGGUAAUUAUCCAUAUCGUGAAGAUGCUUUAUUAAUUUAUCAUGCAUUGGAACAGUUUGUUUCAAGUUACGUGCGUAUAUUUUAUCCUAAUGGAACCGAACAAAUUAUACAUGAUAAUGAACUACAAUCAUGGAGACAUGAAAUUGCUAGUCCGAUGGAAGAAGGUGGUUUGGGUUUAGUUGGUGUUCCGGGUAGUACAAUUAAACUUCGUUCAAAUUCUAGACAGGAAAAUUAUUUACAUGACAAUGGCAUAGAAGAAAUAUUCGGUCUAACUACAGUUGAAGAAGUAGUUAAAUUUAUAAUGGGGAUUCUGUAUCUUGAUAUUAUUGUUGCUGGUUCAGCGCUUCGAUUACCAAUGUUUGAUGAGUAUGGCUUUCCAGCGCAAUAUCCACUAAGUCUGUUUGGUUCGCCUCCAUUAGAUAGAAAUACAUUUUCUGAUGGUACACUACAUGGUGCACAUGGUAGUGUGUUUAGCUUUUCAAAUGUCCAAGGCCUUGAUCGUGUAUUGACUUCAUUACCUAAUCGUCAAAUGACAGUAGAAACUGUUCUUUACACUAGAUUGGCUAGUCGAGUUCAGCAGUCUGUUUUAGGUCAAUUUGAAUCCGAUUUCAUAUUUAAAAAGAAAGCAGUGGUUUUAUUAGAUCAAUUUCGCCAUCAUUUAGAAGAUAUGGCUAGGCAGAUUGAUAUGAAUAACAGUGCUCGUGAUAUGCAUCAUCAAUAUCGAGCUUUGGAUCCUUCACUAAUGCCUAAUUAUCCAGGAAUUUGAUUGAUCAUUAACUAUAUACAUACAUAGUCUUUUAAAUCUCUGUACAAAAUAGUCGUCUGUUGAGGUAUUUUAUAUUUCCUAGUCGGCCAUGGACAAAAUCGAUUGAAAAAGAAAUACAUAUCUUUAAUUCAUUGAUGUUAAGUACUUUUGCUCUCUAUUAUUGUGUAUUCUUUAUCAUGGUCUAUGCUAAAUUUUUGUUUACAGUUACUCAUUGCAUUCCUAUGAUUCUGUGAUCAGUUCAUUAUGAUUUUCUCUUAACAUUGUCUUCCAAUAAUUUUUCUUGUUACUUAAUGUGAUUUUAUUUUGAUAUUCUCUUUUUUUUAUUUACUGUAACAAUAAUGUUUAGUCGAGUUUUAUUCAUCAUUUAAAAUUAUCUUGUAUUAUUUACGAUGUAGCUUAAAAUGUUUAUGACUAGCAUCAAGUGUAAUCAAAUAAAUUCAUAUAGAACUCAUUUUUUAAAAAAAAACACUAAUUUUAUUAUGUUCACUUUUAUUUUAAUGUUGCUUAUGAAUAAGUUAAUGUAAACUAUGUUGCACUUUUAUCGUCUCACUCAACAUAUCAAUAGUAUUUAUUGAAAUUUUUAACAACCAUAUUGUUCUCGACUUUCCUCAUUCUACUGUUUUCUUGCGUUUUAUUAUAACUUAAUUUAAUGAAAAUAGUUAAUCACAUACUUUAUCCUCUAUUUUGUGAGUUUUUUAUUGAAAUUUAUUGAAAUCAAUAAUUUUUAACAACCAUAUUAUUCUCGACUUUCCUCAUUCUACUGUUUUCUUGAGUUCUAUUUUAACUUAAUUUAAUGAAAAUAGUUAAUCACAUACUUUAUCCUCUAUUUCGUGAAAUUUUUUUUAUCACGAUUAAAUUAUGUCAAGAUUUAUUCCUUUUUAACUAGUAAUAUCUGAUACUUGUAGUUUUGACAGUCUUGGUUUUGUUGUUAUUGACAAUGAAGAUAAUAGUCGUGGAUUUUUUCUUCAAAAAACUUAGAAAUUAUUUAAUAAACGCACUUUAGUAAUUUUUUAUUAAUUAUAAUAUAACAAUUAUUUGCACUUAAUCAUCAUUCUUGUUGUUGAUUGCCUUGCGUUUGUGUUUCUUUGGUCUGUUGAAUGCUUAUGACAGAUAAUAAAUGAUGCAGAAGGGAAGUUUAUUGAUUACAUUCAAUGCAAUUGUGUUUUUGGUCAAUUGUUUGUUAAGUGUUAGCUAUUUCAACCUCACAUUUGUUUCACUUUAUUGGUCGUUUGAUCAGAUAGUGAAAACUACCCAAGUAACUAAUGAACAGGAUUUUUAUUCCUUCUGCUUAUGACUUCAUAGGAUAUUAGGCAUUCAUUGUUGAAUUUGUCCUCUUGUUAGUAUCCAAAUCGUACUUAGUGAUCUAGUUUUCAGAGAUUCU